AUGGCCAGCACUGAGAACGGCGCAUCUGCGCCAGCACCACAGGCCUCAACCACCCCCAGUCUAUCCAAUGGACCUACUGAGCAGCGACAGACCAAGAUCUGCGUCUACUGCGGUGCCUCGCCAGGUAACAAGCCUGAACACAUGGAGUCUGCUCGCCAAUUAGCAAGGGUCAUGGCGGCACAUAACAUCGGCUUAGUCUAUGGCGGUGGCACAGUCGGCCUCAUGGGCGAAAUAGCGCGAACCCUCGUUUCCUUGACCGGCCCGGAUUCCGUGCACGGUAUCAUUCCAGAGCCUCUCGUCAAGUUCGAGCGCGACCCGACAUACACCUCCUUCGCGACCAACGGCAGCAGCACGGGCGCGAAGCUCGCGAUCCCGGAGGAGACGGUGUUCGGCCGCACAACCAUAGUCCCGGACAUGCACACGCGCAAGCGCCUGAUGGCGCAGGAGGUGGCCGCCGGCGGUCCCGGGUCCGGAUUUAUCGCACUGCCGGGGGGUUAUGGCACAUUGGAGGAGCUAUUGGAAGCAGCGACCUGGAACCAGCUCGGUAUUCAGUCGCUUGGGAUCUGCCUCCUGAACGUCAAUGGCUUCUACGACGGGCUGCUCGGCUGGGUCGAGAAGAGCGUCGAGGAGGGCUUCAUCAGGCCCGGGAACGCUUCGAUCAUGGUCUCGGCGAACACGCCCGAGGAUGCCAUCCAGGCGUUGAGGGAGUACAAGGUUUCUGAGUCGCAGUUCAAGCUGCAAUGGGGCAACGAGUAG